AUGCAGACAUGCAAACGGCCUACUCAAUACCUCUUGGCUCUGUCAAGAAUCCAAUCAAUCCUCAUGUCGACCUUGUGGCCUCCAACGUGUGGCCAGCUCGCUGAGACAGCGCUGAUGAAAGAAGCAGGCUUGAACCUCUUCAGCGAUUUCAGCCCACAAGAGGCGAUGAUGAACUUAAUGCGAAGUCCGGGCUUCGUGUCGGAAGAGUGGUCCCAUGUCUUGGCUUGGGAUCUCUUCGUGGGGCGAUGGAUUUACCUGGAUGGCCAGCGAAGAGGCAUCUUCGCCUCUCAUUCAGUGCUUUUCUGCAACCUGAUUGGCCCUCCUGGGCUGCUGAUGCAUGCCAUUACCUGCUUGGUCCUGGGCAAGGGAUUGCCACAAGAAGAGCCCUUGAAGAACUCAGAUGCCUAG